AUGGGGAAUCAGCCGAAAGCGGGGGUUGGACGCCUUGGCCUUCACGGGAUCUCGGACAUUGAGUCCCUCUUGGAAAGUCGAGUUUUGGGAAGCCAGCGAGCAAAUGAUGCCAGACGACCAUCAGCAGAGACACCUCGUCAGGGAUCAGAAGCGACGGCUAUCUUGUCCCAACGGAUAGGAGAAUCUGCGUCCGGACUGCUGAAAGAGUUUACGCGACCUUCACCAAAAGCUGUCACUGGAGUCCUGUCUUCACUCAAAACCGACAAUGCCAAAGCCGGUCCGUCGUCUAGCUCAACAGACAUAGGCGAGUCUUCCUUGGCACUCCGCUCAUCAGCACAAUAUGAACAAGUCACUUUAGACCAAAGCGAAUCGUUCCGUUCGAAUGAAAAAGUCGGCAAAUUCGGAAGAGGUCAUGGUCAGGCUGCAUUCGGUGAGUUUUUCGCAGGGCCAAACGGACUUGAGCAUGAAUCCGAGUUUGCACAGGAUGGGCCUGCGUGCAAUGUUGACCGGCAGUCGGCGUUCUCUUCAGGAAUAGGAGAGGAUCAUCUGCCGCGACUACAAGAGAAGGAGACCUGGAAAACGCAGGACGAGAACCAAGAUUUCACGCACGAAGAUAAUGAUGGCAUUGCUGUCGUAGCUCUACUGUCUGACCCGGCAUUUACGAUGGACGAAGAGCCCAACAGCACCCUGGAUAUGGAGAAGGCCAGAGGGGAAGAGCAAAAUUUUGAGAGACUGCAAAGACGGAAAGGGCCACCUAGAUUCGUCGAUGCUUUACGUUCAUCAAACCAUCUUGAUCUCGUGCCUGACUUUCGCGCUCCUUGGGAUUUGAGUAAUGCAUCUUUGGCGACUCAGAAAGGCAUACAUGAAAGAGGGCAUCUUCUGUUUUCUAGAUUAGGGGAUGUCCAGCCUUGGAUCGACAUAGAUAGGUACCACGAUGAAGUCUGGGGCGACAUGUUGCCUUUAGUACAUGAGGCUCGCGAGGAAUUGAAGGCAGCAAAUGAAAACCAGAGUUGUCUUCAAGACGGCCCUGCGAUUCGACGCUUGAAGAUGGUUCUGCAACACCUUGAUAAUCCCCAUAAUCGAUGA